AGCCAACAGUGCGGGCAGAACUGAUGGAACAGGUGCCUCAUAUUGCUAUGUUCUGUCAAGAAAACAGACCUUCAAUCCCAUAUGCUUUUUCCAAAUACUUACUGCCUAUUGUGGUACGCUACCUUGCAGACCAGAAUAACCAGGUAAGAAAAACAAGCCAGGCAGCAUUGUUAGUUCUAUUGGAGCAAGAACUCAUAGAGAGAUAUGAUGUGGAGACCAAAGUAUGCCCUGUUCUGAUAGAUCUGACAGCUCCAGACAGCAAUGAUGAUGUGAAGACGGAAGCUGUGGCUAUAAUGUGCAAAAUGGCCUCCAUGGUGGGAAAGGACAUCACGGAAAGACUUGUUCUUCCUAGGUUUUGUGAGAUGUGCUGUGACUGCAGAAUGUUUCAUGUUCGUAAGGUAUGUGCAGCCAAUUUUGGAGAUAUCUGCAGUGUGGUUGGGCAGCAAGCCACUGAAGAAAUGCUGCUGCCGAGGUUUUUCCAGCUCUGCUCCGAUAAUGUGUGGGGAGUUAGGAAAGCCUGUGCUGAAUGCUUCAUGGCAGUUUCUUGCGCAACAUCACAGGAAGUCCGGAGGACAAAAUUGUCAACCCUUUUUAUUAAUUUGAUUAGUGAUCCUUCACGAUGGGUCCGCCAAGCUGCUUUUCAGUCUCUGGGGCCUUUCAUAUCAACUUUUGCUAAUCCAUCGAGCAGUGGGCAGUAUUUUAAAGAAGAUGAUGGUAAAAACCCAGACGGUUGUGGUUCUGCACAGGAAAACAGUGAACAAGUCAGGACUACAGAAGAUGUCACAACAAAGGAUGAGCACAACAGGACAGAGGAUCUGUCUUCACAUGUUGCAACAAAACUUGAAAAUGCCAUGGAAGAUCAAAAUACAGUGUCAAAUAACACCCAGAGGGAAAGUGACUUCCAGACUGAGUCAUCCUUCCGUUGCACUUUGUCUUCAGAAUCUUGUGGGGAAAUGGCUGACGAGAAUGAGCGAAGUUCUCAUUGCUGUACAGCAGGUCUGCGGGAGGCUGUGCUGAAUUCACAGGAGACCUCUCUUUCAGAGCAGGAAUUGUACAACUCUUUCCAUUUCUGGAGGACUCCACUUCCUGAAAUAGAUAUUGACUUUGAGCUUCAGCAGACUUCUGAGAUCAUACUCGAUAGAGAAAUUCAGGAACUCACUAUGCCAGUGUCUCCAAACAUUCCUAUGGCAACAAGGAAAGAAUUGGAAGAAAUGAUAGAAAAUUUGGAACCCCAUAUAGAUGAUCCAGAUGUUAAAGCACAAGUGGAGGUGUUGUCUGCUGCACUCAGAGCAUCCAGUUUGGAUCCUCAAGAAGAGACAAUGGCCAGCGCCGGCAAAGAAUUGGACUCACACACUGAGCUAACCAUCAAUGACCAACAAAAUUUUAAACCUAUACUGGGUGAUAUUGUGCCUUUAAUUGGUGACACUGAGAAUAUGGACUCUACACUUCACUAUAUUCAUAAUGAUUCAGAUUUGAGCACCAACAGUAGUUUCAGCCCUGAAGAAGAAAGAAAAUCUAAAGUGCAGGAUGUUGUACCUCAAGCCUUGCUGGAUCAGUAUUUAUCAAUGACUGAUCCAUCUCGUGCACAAACAGUUGAUACCGAGAUUGCCAAGCACUGUGCCUACAGCCUACCAGGUGUGGCACUUACGUUAGGCAGACAGAAUUGGCACUGUUUGAAAGAUACCUAUGAGACACUGGCAUCUGACAUGCAGUGGAAGGUUCGGCGGACACUAGCAUUUUCUAUACAUGAACUUGCUGUCAUCCUUGGAGACCAGCUUACAGCUGGAGACUUAGUUCCUGUCUUCAAUGGCUUUCUAAAAGAUCUAGAUGAAGUCAGGAUAGGUGUGCUUAAACACUUGCAUGACUUUCUGAAGCUUCUUCAUCUUGACAAAAGACGAGAGUAUCUUUAUCAGCUUCAGGAAUUCCUAGUGACUGAUAAUAGCAGGAACUGGCGUUUCCGUGCUGAGCUGGCUGAGUAU